CCCAGACAGCAGCCCCGUGUUUACGCCGCUGGUCGCCGCCACGCCAGGAGACUUUUUUACAUUUUUCUCCAUUUAUUACCUACCACCGGGGCCGCCGCCAUUACCACACCUUGCAGCAUAAAUGGUGCGUGUGUGAUGCCUGCGUCAUCAGCUGAGGUGAUCGGGGCGGUGCUGCAAUCAGCAUACCGCCACCCUUCAGCAUCGCUCAGCACACACCCCGCCCAGCGCCCCGCCAAGGCCCCGGGAACCUUAUCUGACCAGCUGACAGUGUGCGGCAAGCAGGUACUGGGAAACACUGUUGAGUAUGAGAGUGCCGGGCGACAGCAAGUUCUCAUCCUAGACUCACUCAAAACGAAAUAUGUGACGCUCACCUCCGCCGCCACCGCCCCCCACCAGGCCCCCGGCACCCCCGCCAUGGCCCAGGCACACCCCAAGCAGGGCCAGGGUGCCAAGGAGGACCAGCUGGAGGAGCCGCAGGUGACGCUUUGGCCCCGGGACAAGGUGACGCUUGGGUGGAGAAAAACGUUCCCUCCGGGCGCUGGAAUGGUCAACCUUGGCAACACUUGUUAUUUGAAUUCGUCGCUGCAGGCACUGUUCCACAUCCCGGCGCUGGCAAACUGGCUUCUCGAGGAGCUACAAAGCCACACCCAGCGCUGUGAGGCCAACAACACCAAUGCCUCCUUCUGCUCCGUCUGCGCUAUGAUGCGGACGCUGCGGGCCACCCUAGACCGCUCCACACCAGUCAUCAAGCCGGCUCUCAUCCAACACAAGCUUAAGUGCAUCGGAAAAACGCUCAUGUACGGACGGCAGGAGGACGCACAUGAGUUCAUCAAGUUGCUCCUCGACCACAUGGAAAAGUCUUACCUCUGCUUCCGUCGAGCCUCCAAGCUUGACCACCGAUCCAAGGAAACAACCCCACUCAACCAGAUAUUUGGCGGAUACCUCAGGCAGCAGGUCAUAUGUCCACUCUGCCGGUUCGUCUCAACAACCUUCAGCCACUUCCAAGACCUCGUGCUGGACAUCCGGUCGGUCAACAGUGUGGAUGACGCCCUCAACCUCCACUUCCGGAAGGAGACUCUGGACUCGGAAAAUGCCUACCGAUGCGAGAAGUGCCAUCGGAAAGUGCCGGCAACGAAGAGGCACUUGAUAGAGAGGGCGCCGCAUGUCCUCUUAAUACAGCUGAAGAGAUUUACUAUGAACGGCGGAAAGAUCGGGAAACACAUCAACAUACAGCGGAUGAUUGACAUAUCGCGGUUCGUCAACGGAUGCGGCGGAGGAAAGCAAGGUGGAGGAGGUGGAGGGCCAUACCAGUACCGUCUCACAUCCAUGGUCAUCCACCUGGGCGGAUCGCAGCAUGGCGGACACUACACAGCCGUGGCGGAAGCGUCAAACGGAUCUAUGUUUGAGUUUGAUGAUUCCUCGGUCCGGUCCAUCUCCCUCCAGAGCGCCCUCCUCCGCAACCCCUACAUUUUAUUCUACGAGCUGGUGCGGAGGACGAAGGAUCAACAGGGCGGAGUCAAACAGGUCCUCAGGCAGAGCUCGGAGAAAGCGCUCAUCCGGCAAAACUCGGAUGGCGUCACAGCAUCCGGCAAGCCCCUUCCGACGAGUCACAGCGCCUCCUCGGUCACUAACGGAUACCACCACCAAAACCAUCAACCGCAGCACCCCUCGGUUGACACGGGUGGAGGUGCUGGGAAAGUUAGCCUACCACCUCCACUGCCGUGUCAUAAGGAUAGAGAGAGGCUGUCCUUCGCCCUCAAGUCCACCCAGGGGAGGAUGGUGGACUCUUCCGCUUCAAGGCCCAACAAGAUCAUCCUCAACAACUCCUCCACAUCCCUCCUCGGCACCAAGAACUCCACCUCCUCCUCCACCCCCUCCUCGAACUCCUCCUCCGCCUCCUCCUCCACUCCGAAAUCCUCCACCUUCCCACAUGUUAAAUCCUCCUCCUCCUCCUCCUCCUCCUCUUCCUUGGUUGCGAAGUCUUCCGUUUUGAAUUCCUCCUCCUCCUCCUCCUCCUCUUCCUCUAAGCCUGGUCUCUCUUCCUCCUCCUCCUCUGUAAAGUCUUCUUCCCUCCCCCCAUCCUCCUCCUCAUCCUCCUCUUCCUCCUCCAAGCCGAACACCUCCAAGCCAUCCACCUCAUCCACGUCAUCCACCAAGGGCACAGUGCCGUCGCUAGUGCCGUAUCUGGAUGACUCCGAGGAUUCCGAGGCGGAUGAGUGCCGACGCGGUGCCAAGGACAAGACCAACGGGCGGAUGAAUGGAGUGAAAUGCACCAAGGAGCGGAUGAGUGGCACUGCGCAGCGGGUGACCAACGGGGAGGCGAAGGAUGGCGACCCGGGUGCCAGGAAUGGGGGAUUGGUGCCACGGGUGAUUCUGGGGAGUGCCAAGGGGAAAGCGGAAAGCGGAUGGCAGGUGACGGAUGCCGCACACCACUCCCCAAGCGAAAGCAGUAGCGGAAGCGCGAGUGGAGCCCGGGCAUUCACUGUGGUGGAACAACCGCUCAGUGCCACGCGACCCGACCCGGAUGCCCAAGGGUGGACCGUCACGGAAGUCCAGGAGUCUCAAAAACAGCAAAACCGUCAACCUCAACCGACGCAGAAGCAACCAAAUCAACCGCAACCGAGACGCCCCCGACCGGAGCUUGAAAAAUCGCUCUCCCAUGACUGUGUGCUGCCCGGGGCCAAGGCGGAAGCGGGGCGGAGCGAGGGGGAUUCCGCUAGUCUCCGCAGUAAGGCCAGCGUGGAUAGCGGACGCUCGGAUCGUUCCACCAAAUCCAUGAAGCGAUCCAUCUUCUCCCUCUUCACCUGCGUCUCUUCCACCCGUAGCCCGGAGACCCCCACCUCUCCGCCAACCCCCCCGACCCCCCCACCGAACCACAGGGGAGCGGAGACAGCCACAGGGGUACCUCACUCCACAUCUACCUCCACCACCACAGCGACGACCCUGAAAAACGGAGACGCUGUACCGGUGCAUGACUCCACAUCUUCCGCCAACUCUUCCACCUCCACUGACAAGAGUAAGAGGACUCGAGACCAAGAGGAGCAAGAGGAGCCUGAGCCGUCUAGCCCCUCCAAGAAGAGCUGUCAGGGAAAGGCGUUUAAGGACACCACAAAUGACGGAGCGAAAAACGGCCUAAUUGAGGGUCAGUCUUUGCCUACCUCCUCCACCUCUACCACUAGUACAACCACUACCUCCACCGCCUCCACUACUGCGGCUACCUCCACCACCACAACCACAGUGCCAAAAAACGGGCUGGCCACUCCCUCGUCCACCGAGAGGAAACCAAAAAACUACCACAAGACCGACAGUGAAAGCCCAAAAAACGGUUCCAGGUUAAAGAACGGAACCCACAACCACAAUGGCACCUCCACUAACACCACCACCUCCUCCACCUCCUCCCUCUCCUCCUCCUCCGACUCCGACACAGAGGAGGAGGAGGAGGGAAGCGAGCAAUGGGUGGAGAAGACUAAGGAAACAAUGGGGAGUGCCAGGCUUCACCCAGCACCCAGCGUGGUUGAGUGGAACGGCACUGGCCAGCGGAGGGAGAAGGGGCAGAAGGAGGGCAUGUGGAAUGGCACGCGGAGCUCAGCAGUUGUGGAUGAGCUGAGGAGGGCUGGGAACUCCGCGUAUGGUAGUGAGGUCAAUUCCUGGAGUGGAGGGCGGAGCGUGCUGGACCAGGAGGCGGAGCGGAUGCGGAGAGAAGCCAAGAAGCGGAACGUGGAUGACCUGUACAAUGAGGAGAUGGAUGCUGGAAGGAACAAGAAGACGAAGGCGCAGAAGAAGGGAAGUGGGGGCGGGUGGGGGGCUGGGGGGGCAUCGCAGGGUCCCCCCCCACCACCACACACCCCAUGGGCCACCACCACUACCACCACCACCAACAACAACAACAACAAUCCGUUCCAGCGACUUCAAGACACAAGAAUCAACAACAACAACAGCGCAACGUGGAACAACAACAACAACAACAAAAACAACCACAACCGAUUCAACAACCACAAUUACAACAGCAACCACAAUCACCACUACUUCCACCACGAUUCCCACCGACAUAGCAAUGGUGGUGGCGGUGGUGGUGGUGGUGGAGGCAACGCGUACCACCACCACCACCACCACAACCACCACCACAGUCAACCGUAUAAUCGCGGUUGGCGGCGGAACAGUAACGGUGGUGGAAAGCCCAAAUUCCACAACCGAAAGUAUGGAGGCAAGGAGAAAUAUCAUGGGAAACACGGGUGGUGAUUGUGGAGUGGUGUUGAGGUGGAGUUGAUGUGGAGUUGAGGGAAGGAGAUAGAAGGAAGGGAAGGAUUGGUUGAGAGAAGAGAGAGAGAGAGGAAAGGACGGAAGGAAGGAAGGAGGGAGGAAAGGAAGGAAGGGAAGGAUUCGAUGAGAGAGAGAAAGAGAGGGAGAAGGAAGGAAGGAGGGAGGGAGGACAGGAAGGAACAAAGAAAGGAAGGAAGGAAGGAAGGAAGGAAUAGACAAGAAAGAAAGGAUUGGAUGAGAGAAGAGAGAGAGAGGAAAGGAAGGAAGGAAGGAAGGAAAGAAAGAGUGGAAAAGAAGGAAGGAAGGAAGGAAAGUGAAAAGGAAGGAAGGAAGGAAGGAAUGGAAGUGAAAAACAGUGCCGUCGAGAGAAAGAAGGAAGAGAAAGAAAGAAAACGAAGGAAAAGGAGAGAAAGAAAGGAACGGAAGUGAAAAAUAUUGGUGAUGAAAAACCUUUAGACGAAAUGAUGAUGAAACUCCGUAGUGGUGAUGAACUAUUGUGGAGUGGUGUUGUGCGUGUGUGUGUGUGUGUGUGUGUGUGUGUGUGUAGGGGGGGUG